AUGCAAGAAUUUCUUCUUUUUACUCCUGUCUACACCUUGGUUGGGAUCUACCGGUUACUGACAGACCCUUUCAUCCGAGUAAAGGUCUGGGAUAAAAUCCGCCAUGGAGUGCAGCGAGGAAUUCUAGUUGGCGCUAUUUGGACCAUUGGCACCUUUCGGAUUCAGCGCAUUUUUGUCUCUUUUUUCCUAAAGAGAUUUCCCCGUGCUCUGGGUUUAUCUCAUGACAAUGUGUUCGGCUACGGAAUGGAUGUUGCGACUUAUACCACACUUGUUUUAGUGUCUUCCCAAGUUCAAACUAUGGUUCGUUUCUUCCUUGGAAAAAAUUUGCAUAUCGCGCGUGAUCGAGCUUGGGACCAAGUCCUCGUUUCAAGAGGAAAAGCCAAGGAGUUCUGGGGGCCUUAUUUCGAGGAAUGGGAGAAGCCACCUCAAGUUAGUCUCGACUUUCGAGCCAGGUGGGAGAAAUGGAUUACAAGCUCAGUCGGAAGAUUAGUGAUCAGGAAAGUCAUUCUUCUCCCUCUCAACCUUUACCCUAUCGUUGGACUCCUUAUCACGUCCGGAAUCAAGGCCGUGGCGACCGCACGAUAUCUGCAUGGGCCUUACUUCGAGUCUAAAAAGAUGUCCCCUCACGAAGUAGCCGUCUUCAUGGCGGAACGGAAAAGCGACUAUUACUCAUUUGGAUUCGCCGCAGCCUUGUUGGAGUCCAUUCCACUGGUAGGAAUUUUCUUCUCAAUUUCGAAUAGGAUCGGCGCUUGCAUGUGGGCUUUCGACCUCGAGAAACGGCAGCAUCGAUUCCAUUCUGGUGAGCUCAAGCGUGUGCCUGCCGUCCCGUCAGCGCACUAG